GGAUUGUUCACAUUCAAAACAUCAUUCAUCAGCGACGCCUAAUUCCGGAACAUACUUUUUCGCGGUGAAUGAUAAAUAUGGGUCAGCUGAAUGAUCCCUUCCCGAGAACAGAGUAGCGAAGAUACGUAAUGAAAUCCCAUCGACUUUCACAAUGAAUGGAAAUAAGUUUUCACCUACGUAAAAGUAGAGAAGAAGCAGAAAAGGGAUUGACUUUUACACAGCAAGAAACCUUGAGCACAGUUAAAACCUCAAAAGGUGAUCAGUUUAGUUUUGACCUUUCUGUAUCAUUGGCCGGAUAAUACAAAUCUUCUACGCAAUAUGGCAUCGCGUCGAAAUCUGUUUUUCUUUUUACUAUGACUGACCAGGUAAGUUUACUAUCUUUGCUGUUUGUUUUCAUCAGAGUUUGCUUACGCAUAAGAAUUUUCUGGUUUGGCCUGCUAUGACAGUCUGGUUAACAUCGCUCUUAACAACACAAUUAGCGAUCAAAACGGAGACGCGUCGGACAAAGAUUCUCUUAUCGCACCGUCGCGAAGUUCACGAGUAAGAAAAGGUGAUGACUUGAUUAUUAUCAUUCAGCCUUUAAUUUUGUUCUAAGUAGACUGCAAACGAAUUUGUCUUUAUUUUAAAAGUCUUGAGCGACGUGAGAUUUCCAUUAUUUGCGAUGGCAAUUCCUCUACUGCAGUAUCCGGCAUUCAACCGUAACAGAAGCAGUAAUGCAGCCAACUUGCAGUCAAACUUUAACCCGAACUUCAUCCUAAACAACUAGGACCCCUAUUCGUUUUGUGUUAACCUGAUCACUGAAAGUGCCUUAACCGCACUUACCAUUUCUCCAUCGCUGUGAAUUGUUUAAAAACACUAUAGUACUUCCCAGCUAGCAUUUAAAUUUUAAAUUGCCCUUUAAAGAUCUCUCUAGGCAUUCUGUAUAUGUACGGCGUCAUAUAUAGGACUGAACGUUUAUCGAAAAAGGUGGCUUUAAUUUUUCCUCUCGCAUUUCUGUUCUUCUGUAAUGUGGAUUUCUUAUCCUUGUUGUCCUUUGUUUCUGAAGACGGCAUAAAAUUUACAAUCCUGUAAAUGAAUGUAUUUAGGUAAAUAACAUUCCUCCGACGGGUGUAAGCUAUCUCAUUUUACUUAACUGCCUAUACUUAAAAUUCUUGUUCGUUGCGUGGGUAGCGUGUUUGUUAGAGAUAAGGUUAAUUGAUCCCCGAUGCUGGUAUAAACAAUUAUAAAAAAGUAUAUUUUUUUGCCUAAAGAAGGAAGGUAUUGAUCUUCUAACCCGAUUGCCUCCAUCUGAGCCUGCGAAUUACAGCCGUUCUCUCGCACCUCGCCGCUAGAAACGUUUCGCGGGAACUGGUCCUUAGCCGCGAAGACCGAGGAGAGGGCUGUAUUCGGAGGCCGGCUUAACUUCGUUCUACUCAGCUUUGACACUGCAAUUACGCGGUCUAUGCAAGCUUGCGUGACAUUAAGAGAUCUUUCAAGCUAUGUUUUCUUUCUCACUUUUUCCUCCGUCGAAAUAAAAAGCAGCAACAACAACAACAACAACAACAACAACAAUUUAUUAAGGUAUUUCCAUAUCUAUACAUGGCAUUACCUAUCUAAUAUUUAUGAACAACAACAACAAACACCAAAUGGGCAAAAAUUUUGACUUAAGUCAAAUCCGCCUGCAUUUCAAAUCGCACCGACCAAAAAUUCAAACUGCAGUAUAUUCAUGGGACCUCCCUAGCCGACAAUUAUUAUCAGCUUCCUCUUUAUUUCGAUUUUCUUGCAGGGUACAGGAUGAAUUAUAGAAAAAUACUAAGAAUUAUGCUUGUAUUGAGGUCCUGCUAGGGUGGUUACGUAUGUGCCUAGUCUGAAUUUGUCUGUUGAAUUUGUUAAUUUGAAUUUGUCCAAAUUUGUUUGUCCUAGUAUGUUUUGCACGAACUAAUUAGUUGAAAUAGCGUUUGCAAUACCGUAAUUCCUUUAUGGUCAUGCAAAUAAAGCAUUUGGUGGUGUUGUUGUUGUUGAAUUUCAAAACCUGUUGUUUCGCGCCGAUUGCUGUCGGUAUUUCACCAUUGUAUUUGCGCUUUUCUCUGUAUCUGUCGCAGUUUCAGUCCGGUUUUGAGUCGUUUCUCCACGUUUCUGCUGUCUUAUGUCGCAAGCUACGUGUAUUGCGUGAUCUGUCUACUUAUUCGUUCGGAACAAGUAAGAUGAUAUUAACCUCGGGUGACUCUGUCUUUGUUUCUAUGGCCACAAUCUAGAUAGCGUCCCUUUAAUAGCGUGGCUGUGUUGCAUCUUGCGUCGGAUUGAAAACAUGUGAAUUUUGCUGCGCUUUACACAUAUUUUCAAGGAGAAAAAUGUUAAUUCCAGGAUGAAUGAAGGUAAUUCCCGCCUAUAUUUCUCCAUUUCUUUCCUAAAUAACCACACAUCUUGUUUGUUAUUGUACAUACAAACCGGGUAGCACAAUCAAGAAAUUUUGCUAGGGUAUUACUGACAUAUUUUCGCUUUCUUCGUGCCACUCAAAAGGUCGGUAUUUAAUGUGCUCUCUCAGCUCUGGAGCAUUCCCUGACAUAUACAUCCAGACCGACUUUAGACAGAGAAAUAAUUUAUGAAAACAGGUAUCCAUGUUGUUUGGCACAUUAUCGAGUCCUUCGCGCGUUUUUACACCUGGUAAUCUGAGCGGACAAAGUAUCUUCUGUAAUCGACGCUUUUAUACUCCUGCAUGAGCGGCUCUUAUUUCAUAAUAAAAGCCAGCGAAAAAAGAAAAGAAACCCAGAGGUAGGGUCUGGUCUUGAAAUUCAUAUCUCUUUAGUGCUAAAUGUACUCAAAUUGUUGCUUAAUCAAUAAAUAUUCCAAAGGGAAAAACAAGUCAAGGUGAGACUGAUUACAAGGACAUGAAAUGGAUUGAGGUUCAUCGACAAAUUGUCACUAAAGUCGCGUGACAUUUUUAGCCGUCAUUCUGCCUCGCAUUAAAGUUCAGGUCAUCGAUUUUGGAAUUUUUUAGCGGUUUUCCUUCAUAUUUCAGGAUAAUAAAGCAUUUUUCUGCUAAAAUUAUUUAUUAGUCUGGGUCAGUGUUUCCUUUUCGUCGUGUAUGCGACUGGAAGCGACCGAAAUCAAAUAAACACAGGAAAUCAACAAAUCUUCGAAUAGAAGUUACUUUACGGAAAGAAAAAAAUGUGAUAAAAACAAAUGUUUCUUGUUUCCAUUGGUGUUUUUAAGAGAAAAUAGACACAAAUAUGUCUUUCUUUUCAUCGUUGAUUUAAGUAAGCUCUGACGUCAGCAUUGAAGGCGCCACAGUUCCAUUCGCGUACUGUACCCCAGGGAUAUUUGUCAUGCGUGAAGUGUCACCCCAUUAAAAGAAACCAAGACAGUCUUGGAUUCUGACGUUGUGGAUUCCGGAUUCCAGGUAGUUGAUCCGGGUUCUUUGUCGGGGGAACUUGAAUUCCGGGUUCCUUGCACUGUAUUCCGCAAUUCAAAAGCAUUCCGGAUUUCUGAUUCCACAAGCAAAAUUUCCCGGAUUUCGAAAUCCGGAUCCUCUUUUAUGAGGCGAGAAGUGACAUCAGUGGCAGAAGUAGACCACUCCACUGGGCCCUUCUGCUCGACUGCUCUGUUUACUGGCGUUUAUAACUUCCUUUCAGCAGAAUUAUCACAAUAAUCGGCUCGUGGUAACGCCAAACAAAAUGGUCGGCCUUUUCUUGCCGUGAUUAGGCUCUGAACGACCCGCUGCCAUUUUUGUCUGGUUUGUCCCUGGUACUAGGAUCUUCCUACCUGCCACUCGCUAGGAAGAUCCUAGCGCUAGGAACAAGUACAACCUUCUGCAUGUAAACUGAACACAGAAAACAUAUGGCACUAAGAUGACCCGCCUUCUAGGAUCUUCAUUCCUCCGUGCAAACAGCUCUUAAGUGCGUAACGGCUAUUAAAUAAUGUUAUUUCUUUGUUGAUACAUUUAUAGAAAAUGGAGAAGCUAGAGAUUGUCAUCGCGGUCCUGCUACUGUGCCUGGUGGCGCUAGGCGUGUACGUGACUACCUACUGGACACUGUCACGAAAGAGGAGGCGGGACGCAGAGGAUGACCCCAGGAAGACGGAGGUGCAGUACAGAUACCUGGAGGAAAAAGCAGAAAAUGAGCGCAAGAAAGUCGCCACCGCUUAUGCUCAAGAAACUAUGCCUAGAAUAACUAUCACUCCGGUACAACCACGCCCUAACUUCCCAAGGGUACGUCCUAUUUUACUUUUUAAUAGAGACCUUUACAUUCGAGAACAAGAACAAUUACUAGUACAAGAUUUGAGCAGAAGUUUUUUCCGCUUAUUCUAAAAAAAACACCCCGGAAAGCUUCUUGUUAUUUUUUUCACCAGAAAAGUUUGCGAGGUUAUUUUUAUGGAAGGAGGUUAACCUCUCUGAUCUCAAAAUGCUAAAACUUUUAACAUUUGAUAACCUGUUUCCACCACAACGAUAUUUUCGCUAAAAGUUACCCUAAAUGUGAAGUACAAUGACUGACGCUUGUACCUUUUCCCCCCAAAAUCGGACGCUGGUUCACGCUUACAAUACUUAGUACUGAGAAAAUCUCGUAAUCGUAGUCGUCCUCGUCUUAGAAUCUUGAGGUCUUAAAUGUUUCGCCUCUAAGGUCGUUUCAACCAAUUCACUUACGUCCUCGUUAAUUUUAACUCUACAUUCUUCUAUUCACCUCCCUGAAUAUUCCUAUUGAACGUUUUUGCGGCUACCGACCACUUGAUAUAUGUUCAAGUCCCUGGUGCAGUUGUAAGAAGGUACAAUAAUCAAUCACAGUCCAUCACUAAAAAAGCGAUUUUUUUUGUUUGGCAGUGGAUUCUUACCUCGGGCUUCUCUCACUCUUUAUCCUUUGUCCUGUUGACACUUUACAGAAGCACCGUCUUUGACCUCGGUGUCGUCUAAUUCUUCAACUUUCACUCCGGCUUAUCACCACUUGCGUUAAGAAUUUCAUCUUCUCACCCUCCACUCUAUUUGCUUACCUUAGAAUACCCUUUCGACUGGUUAAUUGUAAUUUAUUGCGUUUCAGAGUCUUCUGUCUUCAGAUGAAAUGCUCUCGACUGACGAGGAAUAUGAUGGAGAAGAGUCAUCCGAUGAUCAUCCUGAUUUGGGGAGACUUUACUUCGCCCUUAGAUAUGAUCAACAUCGGUGAGAUAUUCACUGUCGCUAGCAUGACCUGUAAACGUUUUCUAGUGAGGCGCGAUUACUAAAAUUCGGUCGAGUGAUGCCGGGGAUAAAUCAGGCCCCAGUUGUUCAAACGUUGGAUAGCGCUAUCCACCGGAUAAAUCACUAUCCAGCGGAUAAGUGUUAGGGAAACCAAUUACGCUAUCCACUGGAUAGUGAUUUAUCCGGUGGAUAGCGUUAUCCAACGUUUGAACAACUGGGGCCAGAACAAGGAGACACGGAGGGGCGUAUUCCUAACCCUCCUCACCUCUCCUCCCCGUCUUUCCGCUUUUCCAAUCUUGGCCUGAAAAUAUCGUUGUUUUUUAUCGUUUCCGCCUGCGAGAAAUGUUUCCUUAGAGGCAUGUGCUGUAAAAUUUCGCCGGCGACUCUAGAAUCGUUUCCGUCCGCGUGUUCUAUUCUCCGCAAUCAUUCUCUGCCUUAACAAGCAAAGAUGGCGAAUACAUACAGGGAAUCCUACGUAGGAGCUGGCGCUUGAAAAAUACAACUGACUGCAUUGUAGGAUAAAGAAUUGUUCCUUAUUUUCACAUACAAUGAAAGUCUCAGGCUGUUCAUAAGAAACCAUCAUAAGGUGACAUUAGAAACUGAUCGUAGAAUUUAAUCUACAAAGUUGCGUUAUUCAAACUUUAUUUUUUCAAACACAUUGUGCCUCAAAGAAUUUAAAACAUAGGGAAAAUAAUUGGCAAUAGGUGCACAUUUAUAUCCUAGUAUCAUACCACACUCAAUGAAAAUACAGUAUCCUUAUAAAUCGUAACAUUUUUACAGUUUGUUUCUUUGUUCAUAGAAGAGGGUUACCUAAUUUUAUGGAGAGCUAUACCUCAGUUUUAUUCGCUUAAAAAGGAGAUAUAUUUAUUUUCAACUCGUUUACUUUUCCUUUGUAGAUCUAUUUUGACUGUGCGUCUGAUCAGAGCUGAAGACAUACCUGUGGAAGGCGAAUCCAUCUCUACAUAUGUUGAUGUUCAUCUGCUGCCACUGAACCUUCAGAGUCACACCUUUCAACCUUACGAUACAACUAUCAAUGUCAGCUUCAGGUACUUUAUGCAUAGACUACUGCGAAGAUUCUCUCUCUUUUUCUUCUUCUUCAGAGAUAGUGGGUUAGCACGCCUAACACUUGAAAACCACAGGCCAGGGUGAUAUUCCCUGCUAGGUUUCGAUUUUUUUGAUGUUAGUUUUAAACAAAACAACAAUAAUCAGCUUGUUAGUUUAGAUCUCUUAACGUUUAUUUUAAUGUGUAUUAUUUUCAAAAUACUAGAAAUACAAUUAUAGUAAACCCUUAUACAGAAACCUUGGAAGCAACUGACCGUUUUGAUUUUCUCUGUUUCUAGGGAAGUUUACGAGUUUCCGCUGUCCCAGUCAGAGAUGGCACUGCAGACACUCAAUCUUCACAUCUGCCGCUAUGACAGCUAUUCACGCCGAACUUCCAUCGGUGACGUGUUUCUUGCUCUUGCUGAACUAAGCGCGCAAGGCAUUGAUUUUACUAGGGAAGUGUUUCUUUGUCGGAACAUUAUCAGUCAUCAAGAGGUAGGAUGGAAGUUUAUGAUAUUUUUGCGGCAUUAUGGAAAGAUGGAAAUUUCUCUCGUAUGAUUGAGAGCUCUCCACUCUUUGUUUUCUUUUCCUUUGUCGUGCAAACGGCAAAACGACCUGAGAAUAUCCCAUAGAAGAAAACUCAGAGCUAUUGUUAAUCAUCUUUGUUAUGUAUAUGCUAAGCUAAGGUUUACGGUUUAGUGUUAGCGGAGCUCCACGCGCGCGCAAGCGUAGCCCCCAACCUAAGAAAAUGUGGUAAUCUACCCAUCCGACAAAAUUUUGGUAAUCAUAUGACCGUCCGUCCGCUGUCCGCUGUCCGUCCGCACCACGGGCAUACAAAUGUAAAAUAACUCAAUUAACAGGUAUGGCACUGCCCAAAUGCAACUCGAUGUUAUUUUGGUGGGGAAUCGCAUAACCACCCGCGUCUUGUGAAGCAAAGACAAGUAAAGAGUCAAUAAAGACGAAAACGGAAAGCGGAAAUUGUUUCUGUAUCCGUGUUGUCUAAAGUAUUAAGUUUAGAUUAAUUCUCACGUCCACAAAUUUGGAAAAUAAAGAAAGAGAAAGACAGAGAAAAAGAGAAGCUCGACUGGAAAAAGAGCGACGGAGAUGAAGAGCGAGAGAUAAGGAGCCAUUUUUCUGUUGGAAGAACAACAUGAAUUUGUAGCGGCGGUGAGAAAAUGAGAAAUGCUAGCGGCCACCUAGGAAAAAAUGAGCGGCAGUGAAAACAGUGAACAACAACAUGUACGACAUUUCCUUCAUAAAGCGUGUAACGAGGACGUUUCUGGAAUUUCACGUUGUAGUCGUGCAACUAAAGCCUGGUUUUCAUAUGUCGGGAAAAUCCCAGACGAUCGGGGAUUUUACUGUUUCCUGACUGUCCCAGAGUUUGCCGACUUAUGAAAACUCGAAAUCGUAGAUAUCCCCGAUCGUCUGGGAUGGUCACCUUUGUGAGUGUCGUAUCGUUCAAUGACGUCACGAUUCCCGCCUUUUGCUUUUGUUGAAUUGGUUUCUCCAUAUAAUAAAAAGAACAUUACACGUUGGCUCGAAGAUAUGAAUUUAAUGUUCUCGUGGCAAGAACAAUAUCUCACUCGUUCGCUUCGCUCACUCGUGAGAUAUUGUUCUUGCCACUCGAACAUAAAAUUCAUAUCUUCUCGCCACCGUGUAAUAUCCUCUAUAUAUUGUUGGGCUCCAGUCUCCCAGUCUCAUACAUUUGUGUUUUUAGCGCACUUUCCAAUUUCCGCCAAAUUGAAUAUCGGAAGAAUCUGGGACAGACUUCUGGCGAUUAUCCGAUAUAUCAGCAGGAUCUGGGACGGUCGGCAAAAAGUAAAAUCCCUGAUCGUCUGGGAUUUUCCCGACGUAUGAAAACCAGGCUUUACGGCAAAGAAAUGUACAAAAAAAGUGUGUUGCACGUGCAAAGUUGUUUUUUUUUUACUAAGACCUAUUGUUGUUUUCUCAGGGUUCUCGUUGCAUUCGCCGCUUGAGGUGAUGUUACACGGGACGAUUCGAAACGACGAUUUUUAGCGCAACACAGUGUUGCAUGAGUGUAGGAACAAUGUUGUAGCCGCCGCCAUUCGAAACAAUGUCGCAAAAAUGUUGCAACGCUGUGUUGAGCUAAAAAUCUUCGUUGCGAAUCGUCCCGUGUAACAUCACCUCAAGCGGCGAACGCAACGAGAACUGGGAGAAAACAACAAUAGGUCUUAGUAAAAAAAACAACUUUGCACGUGCAACACACUUUUUUUGUACAUUUCUUUGCCAUUUAUUUAGUUUGAGCAAACUAUAAAUAUUAUCGGGAGCUUCGCUUUUAGCCCUGGCUAAAUCUAUACAUUACCCUAGGUCUAAUUUGUUCCUUCUAAAAAACUCGAAAAAGCAUUAUUAGUAAUAAUUAGAACAGACAACCAAACUGAAUUAAAACCUUUGUACCAGUAAAUAAUGCAGCUGAGAAUUUUCCAAAAUUGGCUUUUUGUAUUUCUUGCUCAUACAGAUAUAUCAAACGUUGGGCAGAAGAAAGCAUCUGGAGACUGGUGACGAGGAUGGAAAAGACGAUAGUGAAAUUGAACAUAUUACAAAACAUAGAGAAAGAAAGGUUAGUAAGGCGAGACUCUGUUUCUCAUAGCUUUGCCAAGUAGCAAUAAUGGUUAGUAUCAAUAUCUAAGAAGAAAAUGAAAUACUCAGUAAGACCCGGACGAGCCAAACUGUACUGUAAGUCAAAUCAACAUCUCUUAAUGAUUAGAUUUCGGCAGUGCUCGUUGACUUUAGCUUUUCCAUUCAUUGCUUUUAUUGUCAACGUUAUAAACUAUUGUAAUAAAUUGAAUUGGAGGAAAACUAGAAAAUAUGUAUAAAAUAAACUAAAGCUGGUGACAUGGGCCCUCGCUAAUUGGUCUAGCUACAUGGAACAAAAACAAAACCCUGGAAAGCAAUGCGGUUUUUCUUACCUUCUCUCCAAAUUUCCAUUGUAGUGCUCGUUCUUCCGUUUACGUUGCCUUAGAGGUUCAGACUUUCCAGUCUUGUAGCUUUUGACUGUAUGCACAGUCUUCAUCAGCAAUAAAUGCUCUGUGUUGUCAGUUGAAUUAAUCAAAAAAAUCGCGGGAAGUUCAUAACCUCCAUCUCUAUUUUUAAGGUUGGACGCUUGUGUCUUAUAUGGAUGGCCUCCUUGAUUUUUUUCUUUAAUGUCCACUGUCUCUGGUCAUGGAUCUUGACACCCUCCCAUUCUAUCUCCUGAUUGGCUUUCGAUUGACCAUAAAUACCUUUUUACUCUAAUCCUCCUCUUUUGCAGGUGACGGGGAGAAAAGUCAGUUCUCAGAGAAUGUGGGAUGUGCUUCGCAGAGCCGUUCACUCUGGGUCAUACAAGAAAGCAUAUCUGGCCAGUGACUCAGGAUCAGCUUUAUAUUGGGAAUCUAUUUUCUCCCCGGGGGCAUCCAGUGCCGAAGGGUAUAGAUAUGCGUCAGCCCCCAGUAGUCCUAUUAAGUCCCCCGAGUUUUCAUUCUCGGGUCCGGGCCCUCCUGAUGAAUCUGGCGAGUGCACUGACGAGGAACGAGGUGCGACAUGGAAAGGAGGACAAAAAGUCGCCUUCGAUUUCCCGCCAAGUUUAACAGAAGAGUCUGAUUUUGAAUCGUCCAUAUAUGAAGAGGAGAAUGAGUCAAGACGCAGAGAAUCUACCCAGUCUCCACCGAUUGAAUCCGUUCAGUUGUCCCCAGCUCCCGAGGAGUACUAUAGAAUAGUGCCUAUUACACCCUUUACUCCUUACAAAAAGAAGCGAGAAGUUACCGAGGCUUCAUUUUCCUGGAAAUUACCGCAUACAUUCACGUCACGUGAACGUGACGUAGUAGAAACUCUUUCCCAGGCCUAUAAGCAGCCUCGGGUUGUAUCUAUUGCUAGACCUCGAUAUGAGCCUGGGAGCGAAGAAGAACCUCCGCCAGCAAAACAACGUUUGUUCGAUCGAACGGUAAGUAAAAAGGGAAAGGACACAAAGGAGCAAAGACUAUCACGGACAAAGGCUUCUAAACAGAGAAAAACGGAACGGAAAGGUAGGAAAGGUGUGUUUAAAAAGUCAACAAAAUUAUCUCCCAGAAUGGAACCUGAUGGUGAGCCCGCGGAAAAAUUGAUCAGCCCAACGAGAGGAAAAGGCAAGCGUUCUGCUCUAAAAUUUCGGGGAAAAUCGUCGCCAAAAGCUCCAAAACUAGCUUCUCGGCGAAACGAUUCGGGACCUGUCGAGGGUUUGUCGACCGAGCCAGUUGCUUCGGAAUUACCCGAAGAAGAAUUGAUCGUGGAGCCUUCUUCGAGACUACCGACGGAUGUUCGUACGAGAUUGAAUUUCCCGUCUGUCUCAACUUCAGAGUACCUGACUCCACCAAUGUCUUCUUUACAAGACUUUUAUUCAAUAAACCGAUCGCAGUCGGAUCCAAGUGUGGACGUCGAACACUUCCGAAACUUGGGGGAAUUAUCUUCGGAAUUUCGACGUACUCGCUCGAUGUCAGCAUUAGAGGACGAAGAAAUAACAGACGAAGAUGACCAAUAAAAGACGAGAGUCUUUUCUCACAGAAAAAUGCAAAUCAAUUCAAACAUAAAGUAUUUCAUUCGAAAGAGUUUCAUAGUUUACAAGGCUAUCCAACAUGUCAG